UCUAUUCUCGCUGAGUUCCGGUGGAAGCUGCGUCUCGUUUCUUGCUGUUUUUCCUCCGAAAAUGGAUGCAGUACUUUCCCGCGUUUAUCCUGCUUUCUCGAUUUCUAUUUCUUACUCAAAUAUUUCUACCUGCGAGAAUUCUCUAUCCCAGCCUAUAAGACCGCCAUUGAUGGCCCGUACCUAUAUGCAUCUUCUUCGAGCUACUAAUUCUGUAGGUGGAGAUAAGAUUUAUCCGAAGCAUUUGAAGUUCGCGAAGAGAAAUCGUGAGCCCCAGUCGCGAAAUUCCCAUCCCAGAAAAGGUUCUCUCAAUCUACCGAGGAAAACUGACGCGGUGAACUUGGAGGUUUCACCUCACAGAGCAGUCUCUGCAGUGAGAUUAAUGCGGAUAGAACUAGGAGGUGCUUUUGCUGACCUUUUGAAUGAGAAAGGAAAGGGUUCUGGGAAUAAUGAGAUGGGAUAUGUUGAAAGAACCCUUGGAUUUCGCACUCGUGACUUGGAUGAUAGAGAUCUUAGACUGGUGACUGACAUUGUUGGAGGUACCAUUCGCUGGAGGAGAUAUCUGGAUCAUCUGAUAAUGUCACUGUGCCAUGAAGAAAACAUGUUUAGAGGCAUGGAACCUCUUCUCUUGCAGAUUCUACGAAUUGGUUUCUACGAGAUUGUCAAGCUAGAAAUGCCACCAUAUGCAGUUGUAGAUGAGAAUGUGAGGCUUGCGAAGGCUGCUCUUAGGCCUGGUGCGGGAAACUUGGUCAAUGGGAUUUUGCGGAAGUUGGUUUUACUUAAGGAAAAGAACUCCCUUCCUCUGCCCAAACUGGAAGGCAAUGAUCGCGCACAAGCACGUGUCCUUGCUAUUCUUUAUUCCCAUCCAGUUUGGAUGGUAAGGCGGUGGACAAAGUAUCUUGGCCAAGAAGAAGCUAUAAGAUUGAUGAUGUGGAAUAACAGCAAUCCCAGCUUUAGCCUCAGGGCAAACAGACGGAAAGGAUUUACAAGAGAUGACCUCAUGAUGCGGCUUAAGACAUUAAAGGUUCCACAUGAGCCAUCUUUACAUUUGGAUGAUUUUGUUCGUAUCGGAACAGGGAUGCAGAUUGUCAUACAAGCUGGAUUACUCAAAGAAGGUCUGUGUUCCGUUCAGGAUGAGAGUGCAGGUUUGGUGGUUUCUCUUGUGGAUCCACAUCCUGGAGAAACCAUCAUUGACUGUUGUGCUGCACCUGGAGGCAAGACCCUUUUCAUGGCAUCACUGUUGAGUCAAAAAGGUAUGGUAUCUGCAAUUGAUGUUAACAAUGGCCGACUAAGAAUUCUUAAGGAGACUGCCAAAUUGCAAGGAGUAGAUGAUGUGAUCACCUUCAUCCAUGCUGAUCUUCGAAUAUUUUCUGAAAAGAAUCCAGUGAAGUCUGAUAAGGUUUUGUUGGAUGCUCCCUGUUCUGGACUUGGUGUUCUUUCUAAGAGGCCGGACUUGCGUUGGAAUAAGAAACUAGAGGAUAUGGAACAACUGAAAAAUUUACAGGACGAUCUCCUCAAUGCUGCUGCCUUGUUGGUGAAGCCCGGGGGUGUACUGGUGUACAGUACUUGUUCCAUUGAUCCUGAGGAGAAUGAGAAGAGAGUAGCAGCAUUUCUUCUUAGUCAUCCAGAUUUCCGCAUAGAGCCUGCUGAUGGAUAUGUUCCUCCAGACUUCAUAACAGAGAGUGGCUUCUAUUUCUCCAACCCAUUGAAACAUUCUCUUGAUGGGUCCUUUGCUGCUCGUUUGGUCCGAUCCUAGAAUAACAUGUCACUCGGCAACCCUGGUUAAAUUCUAAUAUGGAAGUUAGCUUAGUUGUUUUCAGCGAAUAGGAGUUCAUGUCUUUUAUGGUCAUCAGAAAGAAAUCCUCUUCUGAGUCUAGCGUCUUAUCAGAAGCCCUGAUUUUUGCAAGAAGUGCCCAGUUCAGCCAGCACAACAAAAUGGUAAUAAUCUUGGUUAAAUUUUUGAGAAGUUUAUUCUGUGCAAUUGAGAUACAGGUGGAUCAAUGAGCAGUUUGGAAAAUUAAAAAAGGAAGUCACUAACAAUAGCAAAAAGGGAGAAAGAUAUUGGAGAGUGAAAAAGGAAAGGUGGGCUGGAGAUAGAUGUGGAGGAGAAAAUACCUAGACUAAGGGUAUAGUUUCUCCAUAAUCACUCUAAAAUCUCAAUAUUGCAUGGAGUUCUAUCCCUGGAAAUGAAAGAAAUUCCUCUGAGAGAAACUAAUAGUUUACAUAGAUUCCUAGGUGAUAAGGAUUCAUUUGUGGUGAGGAACUGAUGUUGAGAAUGGGAAAAUAUUGUCAUCAAAGUGAGUCAUUUAAUCUUGGUUUUUUCAAGGGGUUUAUGUGAUCUGAGAUGCUAUUAAGUAUGGCACAUGAGCAGAACAGAUUAAGAUCUGACUAUAGUUUGUAUGAAAUGAGAAUUUACUCAUCCCAAAAUGUUUUUAUCCAUUUGAACACAGGCCUGGUUUAUUAUUUCUGAUUUCUGAAAUUUGUCAACAGAAAAUUGUAUUUUGUCAAAUCAAGGGAUGCAAAGAUUGGGGAAGAUGGAAAUGAGGCAGAAAAAUAAAUAAAUUAGAGACUAGAUUAGAAGUAAAGUAAAAAGCAACUAGCAUGAUGAGAAGAGCAAAAUUUCUGCAUUCUUCUGAGAGCAGGGUUUUGAAACUGAGUUAGAGAAAUAGAAAAUAUAGAAAUAAAACCUCUACUUUCUAAGGGAGUUUUUCAGCACCUUAUCAAGGCAUGUGUUUUCUACACCUUGUUUAGCUUCUCUGCACAAACAGGCAGAGGAUGUUUUAUGCAGCCACUCGGGGACCAAGGUCAAAUAUGCAGUGGGCCCUGUCAUGCUAUCUACCUUUCCUUCAAGAGGAAGUUACUUGUUGGUCAAAAUUCUUUUUAGGUCCUCUUAACUGGAACUCAAGACCCAACCAUGAAGCUGUGGCUAUGAUGAUUUUAUGACCAGGUGACCAGGUGCAUCUUUGCUCAAGCAUGCAAUCAUAAAAAAGGCUAUUAUCUAAUGUUGGCCCUGGCUAUCUGGGGUCUUGGGAGGGGCAGACUGGGUAAAAAUCCUUGGCAUUUUUUUUUGGCAAAGUAGCUUCUCUCACACUCAAAGCUGUGUUCUUGUAUAAGCCACUCAGGCAUGCAGUCAUCUAAUUAUCAAAUUCCAAAACUAUUCCCCA